AUGAAUGUCUGUCGGGACCAGAAUUAAUGCUCAGCAACUGGUUUCUAUCGUCAAGUUUCACAAGACACCGACAAAUGAAUGAAAAAUAGUUUAUUUCCUGGUUAGUCGGGAAUGGGUCCUGAAAGGCCACGCCCACACCACAUCUGCAUCUAUCACCAGUUAAUUCAAAAACCAGUUAAACCAAAACACCGGGUGUAUGGGAGAGGAGAGAGCGUCCGCCCCAGGUGUCGGAGGAUGACGGCGACGCAGCCUGCGACAAAGCUUGUAUCCCUAUGGACCACGACUACGCUUCGGCUCCAGAUCCUGCAGUUGUUGAUUUAGCCCUUGAUGACAACACGUCUCUCAGAGAUGAGAUUCUCAAGCUGAGGGAACACGUCGAGAAGCUGACAAUGAAUCAGCGCUUUGGAAUUCAUCGUUUUGCUGCCUCAGACAAGGACAUACGUUUUUUCACAAGAUUUGCAUCCUAUGACGUGCUGAUGAGAUUCUGGGCCUUAAUAGAGCCAUCACUGCCAUAUAUGGUCAGUGUGACACACGCACAGAGAGGCACCUUUACAGAGCCAAGUUCCACUGUAACUCGUUCCCUGCAGCCCAUUAAUGAGAUGUUCAUGUUUCUCAACUACCUGGCACUGGGUUCAAAACAGCGUGACCUUGCUGACCGGUAUGGAGUCCACCAGUCCACAGUCAGUCGGAUCAUUACAACGUGGAGCAACUUUCUGUACACUGUGCUAGGGUCUGUGAGGAUCUGGAUACCAGAGGAGAAAAUAAGGGCACAUCUGCCAGCUGAGUUUAAGGACUAUGCAGACACUACAGUCAUCCUGGACUGCACAGAGCUGAGGUGCCAGUGCCCUUCAUCACUUCUUCUCCAAAGUGAAAUGUUCUCAGCAUACAAGUCCCACUGUACUCUCAAAGGGCUGCUUGGAGUGGCUCCUCAUGGGGCAGUCACAUUUAUCUCUCCACUGUAUGCUGGUUCUAUCAGUGACAAGCAGAUCAUGCGAGAGUCUGGAAUUCUCUCCCUUUUGAGACCUGGGAUGGCCAUCAUGGUCGACCGAGGUUUUCUUGUUGAUGACCUUGUGCCUUGCAAGAUUUAUAGGCCAGCAUUUCUCUCUGGAAGAUCCCAGAUGUCUGCCUGUGAGGUCAGGGAGACCCAAGCAAUUGCACGCCUCAGAGUGCAUGUUGAGCGCCUCAUACGGCGUGUUAAGGAACACAAGUUCUUUGACACAGAGAUUCCACUUCGGCUUUUUGGCAACAUUAAUCAGCUGUAUACUGUUGCAUGUCUUCUGACAAACUAUGAAAACGGGCCUCUCGUAAAGGCUUGGGCAAAGAAGCCAGAGUAGCAGUAGUAGAAAACUUUCUUUAAAUGUACAUUUGUAAAUUACUUUGUAUAAAUUGAUUUUUAUAGUUCCUCAUGCACUGCUGCACAUACUCUUUGAAUAAAGAACUGGAUUAUUUGCAUGUUAUAUGUACUUUACCUCACCAGUGCUUUUAAGCCAUCUGUAA